AUGGUGUGCAAGCUGCACCUCGUUUUUCUCACUGCUGUGCAGUGUUUUGCCACGGAGAGUAACUCAACUGUCUGUUCUGUCAAGGUUGCGCUGGAUGUGUGGCAUCGCAGGAAAAAGAUGUGUAGUCUGAAACUUUCAAAGCAAAGUUGCAACAACUUCGUCUCGCAGAAACCACAAGCCCCUUUGCUGGGUUAUGCCAGGAAUGGUGACCCUCGCGGUUGGGCAGAGGGCCAGGCAAAGGGUGCAGAGGCAGAAAUCCUCUUUGUGGUAAACUUGGUGCAACGUGGAGUAGAGCUGCUUGUGCUCCUCAGUGCUGUGUUGGGGACAUGGCUGCAGGAGUGCCUGCGUGAGCGAGACCUGCCUCAUCUCUGCUUCCUUUCCAGCCCGUUGCGCUGUUGCAAUGUGUGUGCUUGUCCUUCAGGAACUGGACCAAAAGCAGCAAAUUCAUUCCAUACAGGACAACUGGGAGAGUGUCAGUCUUUUCUGAUGAGAAUCAGUGAUACCCUGGUGAAAAGCUCCAGUGGCGCCGAGAGGGGAGUGGUCCUUCCCCCUCCCUGCCUGGGGUGCACUGCACUGACGGGCAAACGAGUGGUGCAGGGGCCUCCAGCGCUCGAGCUCCGAGUUCUGCAGAUGGAGGUUCCCAGGCCUGGUCUGCAGCAAUUGUUGGGCAACUUAAUGAGCUAUAAAAAGCUUAAGAUGUCCAUAAAAAGUUACUUGAAGAACCUUUUAUACCAGCCUAGGCAACUACUAUCCGAAUUUCAACAGCUUGAUCAGCAGCAGUUCCAAACUGCAAUGAAGUAUCUCUUCAAGAUCAGAAAGGACCGUCUUGAAAUUGGAAAUGUUAUUCUUGAUUGGGACAAGACUAGAGAGAGCAUUUUUCAAAGCCCAGGAGUAAACAGGACCUUGUUCCUUAUAACACUGGAUAAAUGCUUUCUGGCUCUGAGCGCUUUGGACUGUGUGGAUAUUUUAAGCCAGGUUUUGCGUGCGUCAGUGGUGAACUAUCUCCAACCUGAUGUCGUUGGGAGCCUCCCAAACAUUCUGCUGGAGGAUGCUUUCAGAAACUUAUCAACAGUAUUCAAGGACCUUUAUGACAGAACCUCAGAAAAUACCCAGAGAGCUCUGUAUGGCUGGAUGAAGCAAAUUUUACAAAAAUCCUGUAACAUGAGUGAGUUCAAUGAAACAACUUCUUGGGUCAGUGCAGAAAACUUAUGGAUUUUGGGAAGAUUCAUCGUCCAUCUCCCGUUAGAAGAAAUUCUGAAAAUUAGUCUCAAUGAAAUAAGACUAUUCGUUAGCUAUGACAAUGCAACAAAGCAGUUGGACACGGUGUAUGAUAUCACACCAGAGCUUGCGCAAGCUUUCCUGGAAAGAAUAAACUCAUCGGGAUUUGAUAUGAGAAACACUUCAACCAUCUACAGGCAAGACUGCUUUUCUUUUUCUUUUAUGGCUGUCUACAGACAGAAUGAAUAA